AUCAAAAACCAAGAGGAGCACUAGCAAAUCCGAGAUAGGCUGAAGUUCAGGAGCGGCCCUGCCACGAUGGUAUAAUCAUCAUCACAAAAUGUAACCCGACUUACCGUGACAAGUAAUGUAUACUAAGAAAACAAUCCAAACCCCACAAAAGUAAAGGACUUCAUCAUUGAAUUUUGCCUUUAAAAGGAGACCCAAAGCAAGCACCACCAGUUCUAAUUCACCAGAAAGUUGGCUUCUAAAAAACAUGGAUGUAGAGGAAGUCUUUCAUAUGACCGGAGGAGUCGGCAAGACUAGCUAUGCCCAAAAUUCUUCUCUCCAGAAAAAGGCAUCAGAUAUGGUGAAACAUAUAACCAUGGAAACAAUACAAGAACUUUACUAUGAAGUGACUCCAAAGAGCUUAGGCAUAGCUGAUUUGGGCUGCUCUUCUGGACCCAACUCAUUAUCCCUCAUCAAAGAUAUUGUUGAAGCUGUUGAAGGAACUAGUCAUAAAAUUUUUCACCCCCUACCAGAAUUUCGAGUUUACCUUAACGAUCUUCCAACAAAUGACUUCAAUUCAGUCUUUAAGUGCUUGCCUGAUUUCUAUAGGGACCUUAAGAAAGACAGAAAUGAAGGAAGUCCUGCUAUUUUCAUAGCAGGCUACCCUGGUUCAUUUUAUGGAAGACUGUUUCCAAACAACUGUUUGCACUUCAUAUAUUCAUCAUACAGUUUGCACUGGCUCUCCAAGGUUCCUCCAGCUCUAUACGAUGAGCAUGGCAGGUCUAUCAACAAAGGAAACGUUUAUAUUUCUGAAUCUAGCCCUCCAAGUGUGUCCCAAGCAUACUGGAAUCAAUUCCAAGAGGACUUUUCAUUGUUCCUGAAAUCACGAUCAGAAGAGCUAGUCACAGGUGGGAGAAUGGUACUCAUUCUAUUGGGAAGAAUAGGCCAAGAUCAUGUUGAUAGAGGCAAUUCUUUCUUCUGGGAAAUUCUCUCAAGAUCCCUUGCCAUAUCUGUUUCUCAGGGACAAAUUGAACAGGAAAAGCUUGAUUGUUAUGACGUGCAUUUUUAUGCACCAUCAACAAAUGAAAUAGAAGAUGAAGUGAGAAGAGAAGAAUCUUUCGAAUUGGACAGGAUAGAAAUGUUUGAGAUAGAGAAGGAAGUGAAAGCUGGAGAGAGCUGUGGCACAGCAGUGGCAAUGACAGUGAGGGCUAUCCAAGAAUCCAUGCUUUGCAACCAUUUUGGAGAUGGGAUAGAUUUAGACAGCCUGUUUGACAAUUAUGGGAAAAUGGUAGGUGAAGAAAUCGCUAAAGAAGCAAUUAAACCCAUAACUUUUAUUGUAGUUCUUAAGAAAUUAUGAAUAUCAUGUUAUCAAUAUAUAUAUAUAUAUAUAUAUAUAUAUAUAUGUAAAGACUGAACAUUCAAAACCAACCUAAAGAACUAGCCUUGUUGUUAGCCAUGCCCAUGGACCAUGAGGCCAUAUAUAUUGGGCUCACAGUUAAGCUACAUCAGUCUAACGUCUAAAUGCAUCAAAGGGUUCUUUCUUUAAAUAGGUUGGCCCCUGUAGCAGCAGGCCCUGAACUUUUUCUUCCUCUUCCAAUGCGUGGGUCUAGGCCUAGCAAAAGUAUCACU